AUGCAUUGGAAAGGACUGCGUCUCGUGGCCGAUGGCAAGAGGCAGAGCACCAUGGAGCCUCAUGGCCAAUCCCGUCGCAGUGAACACCUUCCUCGUCCCUAUCCCCCCGCCGAACCUAGACUAUCCGAGUCAAUUCCUCGCUCAUCCGGCUUACCAGAAAGAGUGAAUUCGCCAGGACUUCAGCCACCGGAUGACAACGGGUCAACCCAUGGGGUAGCUCAGCCGGACUUUGCAGGACCAUCCUCAGGGGACCGUCCCAGCUCACGCCAGAAGCGAUUCAGCUUCAUGAGACUACGCCAUGCCUCUGACCCCCAGCUAUCCAAGUCUUACGUCAAGGCGGGCCAGAAUACUCCCCCAGUCCCUUCCUUACCUCCUCCCAAAAUUAUUACUACCGCUCCGACCAGUCACGAGCUCGACCAACCCGUGAAACAGAGACCCAAGCUCAGCUUUCGACCAUCGUCACGAAAACAGUCCAUGGAGGAAAUGUCUCGGAAAUCAAUGGAACAACCCGCGAAGCCUCGUAGAAGGGGCCAGGGAUCAACCGACUCCCAUGUUACCGACUCGACGCUUGCCAUGUCCCAGAGCAUUACCGAAGAGCCUGGACGCUUGUCAACCAACUCACUUCGGGGCGGAACCCCGCAGCCCAACGACUCUCAGCGCUCGUCGGUGAUUGAUCCCCGGUUUUCCGAAUCGUCUCGAUCAGACCAGAGCUACGGUGACCAGACAGUCACCCGAAGCAUUUCCCCUCGUGAUGGUCAAAGUGCCACUACCGCAAAGCGAUUCCGUAUGCCACGACUGAAACGAACCCGGAGCCCUCUCUUUCCUUUACCCCCGAAAGUCUCGCACCCGGCUGGAGGUGUGGAUAAUCGACCGAAGUUCCCCCCGGUAGAUACUCCAAAAUCCGAGACUUCAGAUGGCCACGACCAAGUUUCACCACUACCCUCGCCAUCCCGUUCCACGGUGGGACUCGCCGCCUCCUCGAGUGUACCACCGCUAUUUCGAAAUGAUUCGACGAAUUCCGCUCGCUCAGUUCGAUCCAAUCCCUCUUUUAAGAACAGAGGACGUUCGUCUACCAUGGGGUCGCUGGCCGAGAACCAGGACGACUUGUCCAUACCCCCAUAUUUGGCAUCUUCAGCGCGCACCUCCACUUCGACCAGUGGACGCAAGAGUUUCGGUGAUAUUUUCAAUAUCACGCAGCGAUUGAGGCAAAACUCAUCCCCACCCUCUCCUCGUCACGGCUCGCCCACGAUAGGUGGCGCCUCCACCCUCGUCUUAAAGCAAGAGCUACCAGCAAUCCCAAAACGGGAAGAAAACGAUACACCCGCUUCAUAUUUGACUCGUUUGGAAGAAGCUCUACCCCGUGGCAUGAUUGCGGGUGUCCUCGCUCAAUCAGACGAGGAAUUCUACAAGGUUUGUCUCCGAAAAUAUAUGAGGACCUUCUCAUACUUCGGUGACCCACUCGACAUGUCAAUCCGCAAGCUUUUGAUGGAAGUCGAGCUUCCGAAAGAAACACAGCAGAUUGAUCGUUUCGUGCAAGCAUUUGCUGAUCGCUAUCACGAAUGCAACCCGGGCAUCUUCACAGCCCCGGAUAACGCAUACUUUAUUGCAUUUUCACUUUUGAUUCUUCACACCGACGUCUUCAAUAAGAACAACAAACGGAAGAUGCAGAAGGCGGACUAUGUCAAGAUAAGUCGCAGUGAGGGAAUCUCGGAGGACAUUCUUGAAUGUUUCUAUGAGAACAUCUCAUACACCCCGUUCAUUCGUGUCGAAGACGCCAAUCUGCCUGACCGUCACUUGGCGAAACCACGUCGCACUCUAUUCAAACCCACUAGCUCCGAAAAUUUGGCCCGGAUUGCACGGGAGCCUGUCGAUCCCUAUUCGCUUAUUCUAGAAGGCAAAUUAGGAUCACUUCGUCCCAGCUUGAAGGAGGUCAUGGAUAUUGAUGAUACAUACAAUCAUUUUGGAACCGCUGGGCCACCGGACAUGGAUACUCUUCACCAGGCCUUCACGAAGUCUGGAAUCUUGCAGAUCAUCUCUCUGCGCUCUCGUCCUGACGCGUUCAUGCCGGCUAGCUUGGAUAGUCCACUCGACUCGAAUCCCGGUCUGGUAGAUAUCAAAGUCGCCAAGGUCGGCUUGCUUUGGCGGAAAGACCCGAAGAAGAAGAAAGCCAGGUCACCCUGGCAGGAAUGGGGUGCGAUUCUCACAUUCUCUCAACUCUACUUCUUCCGCAAUGUGAACUGGGUGCGCUCACUCAUGGCACAGCAUGAGGCAUAUGUCAAGAACGGCCGUCGGGGGACUCUUGUUUUCAAGCCACCCCUUGCUGAAUUCAAGCCGGACAACAUCGUGUCUACUGGUGACACAGUUGCUCUGCUAGACUCGAGUUAUAAAAAGCAUAAACACGCAUUUAUCUUUGUUCGACACAACGCGUUGGAGGAGACAUUCCUUGCGAGCUCUGAGUCUGAGAUGAAUGACUGGCUCGCACACCUCAACUAUGCUGCAGCCUUCAGGACCACUGGUGUGCGCACUAAGGGCAUGAUUGCCACGAAUUAUGAGGGACAGCGAUACCGCAAGAGUCAGCGAUUAAGCUCGAUAUCUUCACAAAGGUCUCACCAGUCGACAGACAUAGAGCCCCCUUCUCCCAGCAUCGAUAUCGACAUUGUUGCCGAAUUUGUUGCUGCGCGACGACAAUUGAUGGGCCAAAAAAUUCAGGAGAGAAAUGAAAAGCUCGCCGUGUCACAAAAACAACUGGAUGAUCUUUUACAAAAUGCUCGACACUUGCAAGUGCUCACUCCUCUUCACGCUCGGGCCCGCGAGAGCGUCAUCAUGGCUGCAGGCCGUCUGUCUGCCAAGAUCAAAUGGGUGCGACAGGAUAUCUGGCGCAGCAGAUGUUACCGCCAGGUUCUCCUGGGAGACCUGGGAGAGGAUGAUGAGGCGGUGGAAAGCAGGGUUGGGUCGGUUGCUGAACCGACACCAUCCCAGUCGGACGGAGCACGCAUGGCCUCUCUUUCCGGACCGUCCGUGACAUCGGAGCCUAGCGUGGAAAGAGCCGGUAGUAUUGUGCAUACCGUCUCUAGCGCUGAUACCCCUGAGCCUAAUGUGACCCAAGCCGAGCAGCCCUCGGAGGCUGGACUGCUGGCUAGACCUUCGAAUGAUGAACUGCGUCGUCCCAGUAUCCCGGGAUCUGUCACUUCAGCUGACAUUGCUCGUGUCGGUCGCCGGCGCUCUGCUGUGGCCAUCCCCGAACGUGCAAAGUCAUACUCACCCGAUCCAACGACCAUUAAACUCGAGCGUGAAGCCUCGAUCCUCAGCCGUGCCAGCCGGUGGGAUAGAGCUAGUCUGGCAUCUCGUACAUCGAAACUAACAUCGCCUGUGAGCUUCGAUGAUGGCGAGGAGCGCGUUCUAAGGGAAGCUGGUCUACUGGAGCUGCCGGCGUCCCCGUCGACACACAAGGAUGAAGAUAUCGCCCCUGACGCACUCGCCGGUAAAGACACCGAAGGCGAGAUACAUCUAAACGAUAAGAGCGAUAGACCGAGUCGCGUCCGUCGCAGCCUUCAUCGCACCCUCCGUGAUUCGCAUGCUCAUAGAAACCACUCUCAUCCGAAGAAGAAACGGGGUUCAGUGUCUAGCAUUGGGCAGGAGGAGGACGAUCAGCUCUCCGGCGAUGGAGAAGUCCUUCCUCGCAAAGCCCCCAGUUUCACCGUGCAUGGCAAGAAAGCAUCCAUCGUCACAUUCGGGUCUGAAUGGCAGAACAUGCCCCCGGAAGAGCGCCUCAAGCUCCGCAAGCCCACCCCUCAUGAAGAGCCGCGGGCGUCGGAUCCUACUAUAUUGGACAGCGGCGAGUCGACUAUGACCGACCGCAGCCCAGAACGUCCUCACUCGGCACGCAGGACGAGCACCAUCACGGGCCUAAGCUUGCGCACCAGCGAUGAUCUGGCGGAGUUCAAGGAUGCCCAGGAAGAGCAACCGGAAGAGGAUAUCGGGAGCCCCGCUUCCCCGGUGAUCACCUCCCCCCGACCUCAGAUGCAGAUCCCCUAG